AAAAGCACAAAGCCAAACAGAAUGGGUUUGGGGAGGAGAGAAGGGUAUAAAUGGAGCCACACAGCAAACACAUUACUCCUCCAAUUCACGCCAGAGAAAAACCUCCUCUUUAAAACAUGCUGCUCAAGUCUGUCACAGAAAGCUUUGCCAAAAUGAUCCAUGGCUUGAAAGUGGAACACCUGACAGACCGUGUUAUUCAGAGGAGCAAGAGGAUGAUUCUGGAUACUCUGGGCGUUGGACUCCUGGGAACCAGUACAGAGGUGUUCUACAAAGCCGGCCAAUACAGCAAAAUCUACUCUUCCAACAUAUCCAGCACUGUUUGGGGCCAGCCAGACUUCAGACUUCCGCCCACAUAUGCUGCUUUCGUUAAUGGUGUCGCUAUUCACUCGAUGGAUUUUGAUGACACAUGGCACCCUGCCACCCACCCUUCCGGAGCUGUCCUUCCUGUCCUCACAGCUUUGUCAGAAGCCCUACCUCAAAGUCCAAAGUUCUCUGGCCUUGACCUGCUGCUGGCUUUCAGUGUUGGUAUUGAAGUGCAAGGCCGAUUAAUGCAUUUCUCCAAGGAAGCCAAUGACAUACCAAAGAGAUUCCAUCCGCCCUCAGUGGUAGGAACUUUGGGAAGUGCUGCUGCUGCAUCCAAGUAUUUAGGGCUCAGCUGGACCAAGUGUCGAGAGGCCCUGGCUAUCGCUGUUUCCCAUGCCGGGGCACCCAUAGCAAAUGCUGCCACUCAGACCAAGCCCCUCCACAUCGGCAAUGCCGCCAGGCAUGGGAUAGAAGCUGCUUUUCUGGCCAUGCUGGGUCUCCAAGGAAACAAGCAGAUCUUGGACAUGGAGGCAGGGUUUGGGGCCUUCUAUGCCAACUACUCCCCCAAGGUCCUUCCAAGCCUAGAUUCCCACACUUGGCUGCUGGACCAGCAGGACGUGGCCUUCAAGCGUUUCCCCGCACACUUGGCGACCCACUGGGUGGCAGAUGCAGCUGCAUCUGUGAGGAAGCACCUUGUGAAAGGCAGAGCACCACUUCCCGUCAACCACAUCCAGAAAAUUGUGCUCAGAAUUCCAGACGUCCAGUAUGUGAACAGGCCCUUCCCAGACUCAGAGCAUGAAGCCCGCCACUCCUUCCAGUAUGUGGCCUGUGCCAUGUUGCUCGAUGGUGGUGUCACUGUCCAGUCCUUCCACAAAAGCCAGAUAAACAGGCCACAGGUGAGACAGCUGCUCAGGAAGGUGGAGCUGGAGUAUCCUCCGGACAACCUGCCAAGUUUCAACACACUGUACUGUGAGGUGAGUGUCACCCUCAAGGAUGGAGCCACCUUCACAGAGCGCUCCAGUACCUUCUAUGGUCACUGGAGGAACCCACUGAGCCAGAAGGACCUGCAGGAGAAGUUCAGGGCCAACGCCUCCGGGAUGCUGCCCUGUGACAAAGUAGAAGGUCUUAUAAGGAUCGUAGAAAAACUGGAAGAUAUAGAAGACUGCUCUGUGUUAACCACACUUCUGAAAGGACCCUGUCCACCACAAGAGGCUUCAAAAUCUCCAGGAUGUAGUAAUUCCAUCCAAGAAUCUGUUCUGAAGCUAAUCAAGGUCUAGAUGACUUUGCAUUUGCGGUGAUUCAAUGAUUUGCUUUAUAGGGCAAGGGUCAACCGUUUGGUUUGCCCAGGGUUAAAUGAAGCAAGGUGAAGAGAGUCCAGAAAUAGAAUUGGGUAUACAGGCAGCCCCCAGGUUCCAAACAAGAUCCGUUCCUGUGUCUUUAAGUUGAAUUUGUAAGUAAGCUGGAACUGGAACAGGUGCAUACAGUUCCCAUGUAGCCUGACUUUAGUGCAAGAAAAGGCUCGAAGCCUCUCCAGUGAUUUAAAAGCUGCACAGGCAGCAAGUGAAGAUGAUUGCGAUGAAGACUUUGGUGUGAGUAGGGGUUGAUGCAAUCAUUUCAAAGUCAGGGCGAAUUUACAUUAACACUAAAGUGCAAGUAGGAGUUGUUUAUAACUACAAUGCUUGCAACCUGGGGACUGUCUGUAUACGGAAGAAGUUUUGUCCUGUAGGUUUCUCAAGACAGUUCCAAUUACCUAAAGCAAUAUGAGAGAUAUGCAAGAAACACAAAGAAAUUGAUUUUAUAAGCAUUCAUAAGGCUGAAAUUCAAGUCAUCUAUGAUUUUCUUGUAAAGGUCAUCUUUUCAGAGGAGUUACUUAUGAACUUCAUGAACCUCGCAGCUUGACAAGAACUUGAAUUUGUGUGCACGUUUGCUGGCGGUGGAGAAGGACUCUGGUCUGUUGUGCUAAGAACCGAUUUUUUUAGGCCAUGGGUUACCAUGAAGUUCUUCACAGCGGAGGAGGGCUACCGGGUUUAAAGAGAAGGCCCUAGUGGGUUUGGUUUUUUGGUCCGGGGAUUUAAGAGAACUGACACACUUCUUAGUGUACUAGACCUGCAUUUCCCAUCAGUUUUCCUUAGAAGAGUAGAUCCUUAUGUAUUGCUCCAAAGAGUCACACACUCAAAUAUGAUAUUAUACAAAAAAUGAGUCAGAAUCCACUUGGCAAUGGGUUUUUGGUUUAGUUUGGGGUCAAAUUCUGCCCCUGCCACUUACUAGACAUGACCCUGGGCAUGUUACCUGGUCUCAUCUGCCUCAGUUUCCCUAAUUGUAAAGUGGAGAUGAAAAUCGGGCUGGGGGAAAAAAAAGGCAGUUUGGCUCUAGAACCCAUACUCUUAACCACUACAUUACCUUUCAGUAGAAAAAGAUUUUGAGAAAAAUGCCUCAAAUGAAGAGUCUGAGAUGCGAGAAGGAAUAAAAAACAAAAUGUAAAUAUGGAGUAACUAAAUAAAUAUUGACUGUAUAAAAUAAAGGAGCCCUGGUGGCACAGUAGUUAAAGUUCUUGGCUGCUAACCAUGAAGUCUGAGCUUAGAACCCACAAGCCACCCCAUAGGAGAAAGAUGUGGCAGCCUCCUUCUGUAAAAAUCUACAGCCUUGGAAACACUGUGGGGCAGUUCUACUUGAUCCUAUAGGGUGGCUAUGAGUCACUAUCGACUCAACGACAGUGGGUUUGGUUUUGGUUUGGGUAUAAAAUAAUAAAAAUAUCUUUGGGGGUUAAAAAUUGAAAUAUUUGCAAUAUAUAUAGGGAGGAGGUUAUCAAAGUUAAUGCGUUCUAAAUUCCUUGUGUUGUUUGAGAAAAGGGCAGAGCUGUUAACUCUAGAAGCUGAUUCUUAAGUAUGCAUGUUAAAUGUUACAGUAACCAUUAAAGGACAGCAGUGGAGUGUAUCACUUCCAGGUUAAUACAGGAGGAAUAUGGAAUUAGAAGAAAAUAAUCAGUCCAAAAGAAAGCAAGAAAAGAGAGAGAAAAGAAAUAUAGAAAAGGCAGGACAGACAGAAGCACAAUAUAAAAAAAUGGGAGAAGAAAUUCAAAUAUAUCCACAAUUACAAAAAAAAGGUAAUGGACUAAAUGUUCCAGUUAAAAAUGUCAACACUGAAUACAUUAAAAAAAAAAAAAGUUUAACAGUUUUAUUGACAUCUAAUUUACAUACUAUUAAUUCAUCCAUUUUAUGUAUACAGUUCAGUGAGUUUUAGUAAAUUUAUACAGUUGUGCAAAUAUCACCACGAUCCCGUACUGGAAUACUUCCAUCACUCCAGAAAGUUCCCUCAUGCCCAUCUGCAGUCAAUCUCCAUGCCCACCUCCAGCCCUCAGCAGCCAUGGAUCUACUUUCUAUCUCUGUAGUUUUGCCUUUUCUGGACAUUUCAUCUACAUGGAAUAAUACAAUAGUGUCUCAUAUCUGGCUUCUUUCACUUAAGAUAACAGUUUUGAGAUUCACCUACACAUGUAUUAGUACUUGAUUCCUUUCUAUGGCUGAAUUCUAUUGUAUGGAUGAACUUUUUUUUUUGAGUGUUCACUAGUUAAUGGACAAUUGGCUAUUAUGAAUAGUGCUUUUAUGAAUAUUCACAUACAAGUCUUUGUAUGAACAUAUGCAGUGUGAUUAAUUACUUUUGUGUGUGGCCUUUCUAGCCAUGGGACAAAACUCCCACCCAGGUGAUUGUGUGAUAGGGGAAUUGUGGCCUACCAAGGGGACUGGUCAGUUUUGCUUUAAAAGAGAGCCAAUGCCAGAGCAGAGAGGAGGAGCCCACCACCAAGGAAGAAGAGACUCAGCAGCAGAGGCUUUCCGCAGCAGGAGAAAGAGCAGGGGGCUUCCAGGCUUCCAGGAGAGAGGAAGCUGAGUGCCUCUGAGCAGAGACUGAGGGCCACAGAGAGGCAUGCCUGUGAGCACAGCUGGGAAGAGCAUCAGCUAUCCUGAUGAAAGAACUGUAUCUUGAGUGUUCCCGAGCCUGAAUUUUAACUGUUACUAAUAAGCCCCAUAAUUGUGAGUAUGGCCUGUGGGUUCUGUGCGGCCAUUGCAAUAAAUUAUCAAACACAAUAGAGUGCUGUGAGAGGGGUAGCUGGUGUCAGAACUGGUAGAGAUGGCAGAGAGAGGAGGCUAGUCUGGCCUCCAACUCAUGGGAGUCAGCCUUGCGCUGCUGAUCUUGGUUCUUCUUCCCCUUUGUGGAGUAGGCGGAGGUGAGACACCACAUCCAUGCUGUUUUUAUAACAUAUUUCCAUUUCUUUUGAGUAAAUACCUAGGAGUGGGAAUGCUGGGUCAUUUGGUAAGUCUAUGUUUAACUUUAUUUAAAAAAAAAACAAAAACUGCCAAACAGUUUUCCAAAGUAGCUCUCU